AUGUCUGACCUCAAAGUAUGCAAGGUGAUGACUUCGUACGCGACAACUGUAGUCGUUGUCCUUCCGAAUUCUUCGAAUUACAAAACGCUGGCCCGUGCGAUUGAGAAGAAACACUCGGAGGUGUACGGGAAGACAUACGGAGAAGUGGAAGUGACCAGCAUAAAUGGAUUCUUACGCGAGAACGACGAAGGUGCCGGCGUUGGCGUCUCGUACCCAGUCGACGACGAGUCGUUUCGAUCGCUUCCGUUCACCAAUUAUUUAGCUCAGCUGGAGGCUAAAAAAGGAGGAGAAAAAGCGGGCAACUCGAGCGCGAAGAAAUCAGGCUUCGAUGCGAGAACGAUUGACGUUUUAUCUCCAAAAUCCUUGAUCGAUGCGAACGUGAAAGCCGUGGCGAAAGGUUCGACACCGAUUUCCACCGGCCAGUCCAGGUUUCAAGGAGACGGUUACCUUGUGGGAGGCGCAACGACAAUUGCCGCCGCCCCGCCGGUUCCGAAUUUGAAGAGUAGAUUCGCCUCCGAAGCCGCGAACGUUGAUGCGCCUUCGGCAAAGAAAAGCAAAACAGGAAACGCUACUGCGCCAAAACCAAUCGCCUCUGCGCUGAAACCAGUCGCCGCUGUGGCGAAAGCCAAGACGCCGACCCCACCUUCGGCGGGACAAGCCGCCGCUGCAGCUUCAAAACCUGAUACUAAGAUGACGACAGAAGAGAAGAUUACGAAAUUGCUGGAUACAUCAAAGAAAACCAAUGUCCGCUUUCCGAUAUUUGCUAAGGCCUUGAUGAAGCACUCUGGCUUUAAAUUGGCUUGCGAGAAUUUGUCUGGAGAUUCUGCUCAGAAAGCGUACGCGUCUGUAAAAGGGGUUGUGGAGGAAAUGAAGAAAUGCCAAGCAGAUUUGGCAGAUGGGAGUGAGAACAUUUACGAGGAAACGCUGGCGAGUAUCCAAGCGUUAUCUCCAAAAAUCAAUUCACCUUCAACACCUCUCAUUGCCGUUUGUGUGAUAGUAGCGAAGGCCUAUCCAGGAGGCUACAAAUCAAAGAAAGGACUCCCGACGAGAGUGUGGACAUCCAUGAUUGGUGUCAUAAAAGAAAGACCUCAGACGUUCAACGAAACUUCGCGAAUGUUGCUCGGUGAAGUCGCGACUCGCUUAGGGUAUGAUGCGAAGUUACCAGCGGUUGUAGAAGGAGUGAACAAGAGUGCAGCGGAAAAAGUCAAGACAACGAAUCCUGCGGCAGCUACGAAGAAGGCUGAAGUUCCGAAACCUUCUUCCUCUUCUUCCUCUUCUUCUUCUUCUUCUUCUUCUUCUUCUUCUUCUUCUUCUUCUUCCUCCUCCUCCUCCUCCUCCUCCUCUUCCUCUUCGAGUAGUUCCGGUUCCGGUAGUAGCAGCAGCUCUAGCAGCAGUUCUUCGAGUAAAGGUAAAAAGAAAGCGGCGACGCCGACUGCUCAGAAGAAAAAAAUGCCCGCCGCUGUCGAGAAGAAAGUGACAAUGACUCCCGGAGGCUUGUCGAAAAUCAUGAAGACAUUGAAGAAUACUGACAACGGUGGCGUGCAGAAGAAGACGAGUGCAGUUGCUGAAACUCCAUCUAAGAAAGAUAAGAAAAAGAAGGAUAAUAAGAAAGACUUGCCGAAGCCAGCGCCGUCGAGCACAGUUGUCAUCAAAGCUGCGCUUCUUGCACAAAAGAAAAGAAAGAAAGAUCCAAGCGCUCCAAAAGGUGCUAAAUCUGCAUACAUUUGCUUCUGUGAAAAGGAAAGAGCGAAUAUUGCCAAAGACAAUCCAAAUUUGGCGGCCACAGAAAUCAUGACGGAAUUGGGGAAACGCUGGAAAGCGCUCUCGGACAAAGAGAAAAAGCCUUACGAAAAACAAGCCGAAACAGAUAGAGCGCGGUUUAACGAAGCGAUGAAGAAUUACGAACCUCCAGAAACUGAUGACGAUGAAAAGCAAGGAAAGCGACGAAAGAAGGACCCGGACGCGCCGAAGAACGCAAAGUCUGCGUACAUCAUCUUCUGCGCGGCAAAGAGAUCUACGAUUCCCAAAGAAACUGCUCCCAAAGAUGUUAUGUCGAAGCUAGGCCAGAUGUGGAGCGCAACGAGUGUAGCCGAUAAGAAACCAUACGAGGAUUUGUCAAGGAAAGAUAAGGUGCGGUAUGAGAAGGAGAUGGCGAAGUACAAAGAGAAACAAAAUUGA